CCGAAAAAAAAAAAAAAACAAUAAUUAUAAUCGUCGCGACAUUAAGCCCAUAUCCCAAUCCGCCAUUAUCAGCAUUUUUUCUGGAUUAAUCUUUCGCGUUCUUUCCCUUUCCCUCACGGCCUUGAUUGCUUGCUCCAAUCGAUUCGAUUACUUUAUUUUUUUAUAAUUAUUUUUUUGCGUGUGAUUUUGACUGAUCUGAAUCCGGGCUGUUCUUCCGAUUUGUGGAACCCUAAUUUGGGAGGAACAGAAAUACUGCGUCUUAUCUGGUCCGCAUUUGGGGGCUUGGUGUUAGAAUUGUUCAACGAAUCGAGUCUGGAACUUCCAGAAAUUGGUUCGGUGCAGUUGCUUCCGGAUGUUUAGUUACGCGUUUGGGAAAACCUAAUUUCGAUUCGGAAGUCGACACUGUGGAAUUUGCUGGCUUGAAGAUGAAGAUGAGGCUGAGGAAAUCAGUGCUAUUUUUUCUGCUGGUGACGGUUCUUGCCCCCAUUGUUCUCUACACCGACAAUCUCGGAGUCCAUUUCACUUCAUCUUCUUCCAGGAAUGAAUUUGUCGAAGAUCCUUCAUCCUUCACAUUUGGGGGUGAAAUUAGGGCUUUAAAAGUACUACCUCAGGAGCCAUCAACAACAGUUAAAGAACCAUUGGGUGUAAUUUAUUUAGAAAAUUCAACCAAGACUGGUUUCAAUCAAUCUGAAGAGAACAGCAGUCGGAUCACCAGACAGCUAACUGAAGAAUUAGCCCAAAAUCGAACAGCAAAUUCAUCCAGUUCGGAUGCAAUCAUAAAGCAGGUCGUGGAUGAGAAUCACAUAAAGCAGGUGACUUAUCCCGCCGAUGUUCAGACACAGAAAGAGCAAUCAAAUUUGCAGAAAUCGACGCUUGGACAGAAUGACGGCGCCGUGAAAACUGCCCCGGAGAAAAAGGAACGUGGACGUGGAAGGAACUCUUCCCGAACAAGGCGCAAUGCUGUUUCUAGGGAGCAAGCAAGGGCGAGCACCGGAAAACCGACAGAGCCAACACCAUUGCCAGAUACCAUAGUUCGUCAGCUGAAAGACGUGCUCGUCCAAGCGAAGGUUUACCUCUCACUUUCUGUGACUCGAAACAAUGCACAAUUUAUGAGGGAGCUCCGAUUGCGUAUGAGGGAAGCUCAGCGCGCGCUCGGAACUGCAACGAAGGAUGCUGAACUGCCAAGAAAUGCUUAUGAGAAGGUGAAAGCUAUGGAACAGACUCUGUUGAAAGGGAGACAGAUGCAAGACGACUGCGCGUCGGUGGUGAAGAAACUCCGCGCGAUGCUGCAUUCAUCUGAGGAGCAACUCCGUGCCCACAAGAAGCAGAGUUUAUUUUUGACGCAAUUAGCGGCGAAAACGGUUCCGAAAGGGCUUCACUGCCUUCCUUUGCGCCUUUCGCUUGACUAUUUCACGCUAAAUUCGUCACAACGGCUUUUCCCAAACAGGGGAAAAUUAGGUGAUCCCAUGUUGUUCCACUAUGCCCUGUUUUCGGACAAUAUAUUGGCUGCUUCAGUUGUGGUGAACUCGACGAUAACACACGCUAAGGAUCCUUCCAAGCACGUCUUCCAUGUCGUUACAGAUAGGCUGAAUUACGCGGCAAUGAAAAUGUGGUUUUUAGCCAAUCCUCCCGGCAAUGCAACGAUUCAGGUUCAGAACGUCGAGGAGUUCACGUGGCUGAAUUCGAGUUACAGCCCAGUUCUCAAGCAGUUGGGCUUGCGCUCCAUGAUCGACUAUUACUUCAAAAACCGGCGAGCUGAACCUGAUUCCAACUUGAAAUAUAGAAAUCCGAAGUACCUUUCGAUCAUGAACCAUCUCCGGUUCUACCUGCCUGAGAUCUUCCCGAACUUGGACAAAGUUUUGUUCUUGGACGACGAUGUCGUCGUCCAGAAGGAUCUCACUGGUCUUUGGUCACUUGAUCUAAAGGGAAAGGUCAUUGGAGUGGUUGAAACUUGCGGAGAAAGCUUUCACCGGUUCCACCAUUACCUCAACUUUUCAAACCCUACGAUUUCAAAAAAUUUCGACCCCCGGGCUUGUGGUUGGGCUUUCGGAAUGAAUAUCUUCGACUUGAAUGAGUGGAGGAAGAAAGAUAUCACCAAGUUGUACCACAAAUGGCAGGAUCUGAAUCAGGAUCGUUUGUUGUGGAAACUUGGUACACUCCCGCCAGGUCUAAUAACCUUUUGGAACCACACAUACGCACUCGAAAAAUCAUGGCAUGUUUUGGGACUCGGUUACAAUCCAAACGUGUCGCAAAAGGACAUCGAACAAGCAGCUGUUGUCCAUUACAACGGGAACUUGAAACCGUGGCUUGAGAUUGGCUUGCCGAAGUUCCGAAACUAUUGGGCAAAAUACGUCGACUAUGAUCAGUCGUAUUUGCGGGAAUGCAACAUCACUCCGUAAUGUACGAAAAAAAAAGGUUAACUCCCCGUCGGGCCGCCAUUGCAGGUCUGUAUUUUGCUAAUGAGCUUAGCUUUCGUUAACGCAAGCUAUUUAAUCUGUGGGUAUAUAUUGGCUUAGCGGAGCAUCCUAGGAUUGGAUUCGAUUCGAUUCUGCGAUUCUAUACAUUUGUUAUUUUUUUGAUCUAAAUCGAUGUAGAUGUGCUGCCAGGCCGUGUUGUCUAUGUGCAUUAUACAAUUAUUCGUUUUUUCUUCGUUGGUUCGAUAUGUGAAGCGCCCUCUUAUAUCGAUAA